GGUAGACUUAAGCGUUUGCGAAAGUUGCCGCUUUAAUUUGGCUUGUUCGUUUAAUUGCAAAUAGCGUUAUAGCGUAUUUAUCAAGCAAUAUGGACGAUUUGGCUGAGGACAUGUGGACGCCGUACAAGAACUUGUAUAGCAUAUUUCAACUGGCGCUCACAAAUCCUAAUACUGUUGUCACUGACUUGGAACUAUGUCUUAAGAAGUACAAGCAAAAUUUCACAAAUUUUCUUCGAAAUCCGCCAAAGAACGAGAAAAGCCGGGAGCAAUUGCGGACGGCACUAUCAGAAGGCGUAGCGCUAUCUGGUCAGGCGCGGAAAAUAGUCUUAUCACAGGAGUUGGUCGACGAAGCCAUAAUUAUCUCAGAUAUGUUUGACUUGGAUGAAGUCCUUGCACUUGAACUGCUCUGUACCGCACAACGGCAACAGAAGCAUCACCCAGGACUGCCUCGCGGCCUGGUGGCUGUGCUGCUCUACUACGAUGGCCGCAAGGCAAUUAGCUGCGCAUUACGUGACAUGUUUCAGGCCGUCUCCGGUGUUGCGUGGAGUACUGAGCUUCCGAGAGAGAUAACUGCCGUAAUAACCAACUAUUCACAAAACCUCGUCGAGGACUCAAAUAUUUUAGGACGUUUGAUCGAGCUGCUUGAACACAUGGACAUAGAAGAAGAAAGUAAACUACUAACCAAAAACCGCGCCUUUGGGUCCAAAAAGCAUCAAAAUCAGGUGCUCAGAUUAUACGAGGAAAUACGAACGGCCGUAGCCAUGGCUUUGUUUCACUGGUCCGCGCAACGUGGCUUGCCCAAGGCUAUUGCAAUACGACUCCUGCAGCAUCUAGCCUCAUAUAAGCCGAAAGUCGGCUCAAAUAAUAUUGACGAUGUCACUCUAAUCAUUCUUAUGGCACUCCUGUACGGAUACGAUACGUCUGUGCUACUAUUCUCUGACUGCAACAAUCCACAAACGGCCUUCCUACCUAUACUUAGUGAUCCAGAUUUUGCCAAGCGGUUUCACGAGGCUAUUUACGCACAACCGGUUUGGCAAACACCACAACUUAACAGCAUAAUCAAGUACAGCUUUGGUCUGACAUUAGCGAGCCUGCGCCAUGCACCGUCUAGCAUGCAGGAAGCUGCAGCUGGAGUCAUUCAUUUGGACGAGCAGCUGAUUGACGAGGCACUAGAGAGUAAUGUGUUUGGUUUCUUUUACCGUCAGCUGCUUGAAAAGCAGCUUGUGUACAAGAAUGAAUUUAUUUUCCGACGCAUGCAUAUGCUUAUAACGGAUUUUAUUGACUUCAUGCACGCAAAGGUUUCUGAGCUGCGCAACUGUGCCGACGAAAAAGCUCGCAUUGGAGUCAACAACCAGAAUGAGGAUGGUGGGCCGCCACCCAGCAUGGAUGGAAACUUCGAAAUGCUCAUGCUGUGUGUUGCCAAGCUGUACGGAGAUCGACGUGGCGUCAUUAAUUUAUGCAACGACUAUUGGGAGUCGACAAACCCUGUCAACGGCAACUAUGCAAAGAACACCGCACGAGCUGUUUCACUGUUCAAGUUUAUAAGACUGGCUAGUGAGUUGCUCCCGCAGACUCUAUUUAAAUCUUACGUGAAGAUGAUCACCGGUCUGACUCGCACCGAGUUCUCAGCUCGCUGUGCCUUCAAUCUUCUUAAGCAGUCGCAGACCAGCCCUACAACCUAUUCGGUCUCCUGGGACCACUUUUUCACCUCUUUGGGCAACUACUACAAUGACAUGCGUAAUGAUCUUAACACAAGUGUCGGUACAACAGGUGACCCCAUCUUCCGCAACCGCUCUAUGCCAAGGAUUAUUACACAACGGGAAACGGAGCAUCUGGUGGCCGUAGUGGGAAUAAUACGUUCUGUGGCCGAGCACGAUGAGAUUUCGCGCAUUAUGAUAUGUGAAAAUGCUAGCUGGCAGUCACUACAGGUGCUACUGGGUUUGAUAUCCUGUUCUACGGCGCUUGUUCUCAAAGCGGAGAUACUUUUUACACUUGCCGCUCUUAGCAAAUCAAAAGAGACGGCACGUUCGGUUUGGCUUCAGCUGGAAGAGUCCCAAAUCAUCCCUACCAUUCCGGUUAACUUCACAUUUAAUCAAUGCAGCUUGGCCGAUGAAAUCGAUCAAAACGAGGCUCGCCUGGAAACCUUCACGCUUACGCGUGGAAUUUUGGAGCUACUUUACACGCUGAUGACUACCUACAUGCCGAGCAGCCUCGGCGUAGGGCCACGACUGCCCGGCUACGAUGCAUACGUCAAUUUCGUGCUAAAUUCCAUAGUGCUCAAAUUUUAUUUUAGAGCCUAUAAGGACCCAUCAGAGAAGUGGAAAGUGGGCGCCCUAUGCCUGAAGUUAAUUUACUUUCUGGCUGCAUCCUAUAAGCCCAAGGCUUCGGAUUUCGUAGAGUUGCGCGAUGAGAAUCCUUACCCUGGCUUCCACGUAAUGAUGCAGCUGCAGACUAGAUCUAACCUGAUGUGCCUGCUUUUACGCAUUAUCGAAGAGGCCCGCGAGCGACUUGACGACUACAACCAGUUCCAUGGCAAAGAACUGCUCGAGGAGUGCGUGCUUUAUGCUCUGCUUUUGCUCGAGGUGGGGCUGGCCAAAAAGAACGCGUUCUUUGAGGCCCACACAGCUGGAAAUGGUACUGAAAUGCUUACGGGAUUGAAUCGUAUAUUGCUCGAUAUUAAUCCACGGAACAAUCAGCCCGACAACGUGCUUAACAUUAUAAAGUUCGUCACAUACAAUAGCUGGCUGCCGCGUCACACGCUCGCCGCUAUUAAGAUACUGUCUGCAGUGACCAUGCUUCCCAACGUGUCUGGUCAGAUAUUACACAUGUAUGCCCAGGGGUGCACUGAGAAGCUGGAGAUACGUCAGGGUUUCGUGGAAUGUCUGGAGAUGGACGCACGUCAGGCGCAGCAGUACGAGGAUAUAAUGGAACCUCUCACCAUUACUGAGCUCAAUUACGAAGAUGAUGGCGAAAAAGAUUCGGAUUCGGAGCUCGAUCUAGCUAGUCUGAUGCACCGAAAACCGAUGCGAAUAGAACUCCAGAUCAAGGAGGCCAUUGUCGAGCUCUUUAAUAUGAAUCGUAAGCAGUUGCUACCUAACUUUGUUCACUUUCUGUUGGGCAUUGACGUAGUUCGCGACUUCAUGACCUCGGAGAGGCAGCAAUUGGCCAUUGAUAUGACCUGCUCCUGCAUCAACUCCUUAGUGCUUGUGCUCGAACGCCAUCUGGAGCGCCAGACCCAAAACGACGAGUACUGUGAUCACUCCGCCCAUAUUGUAGAACGCAUCUAUAAUUUAUUCUAUGGCCUGUGCAUCAACCGUCGUACCUCGGAGACCGUGUUGCGUUACUUUCGUUUGACCUGCAAUGACUUUCUGGUACGCCAUCUGAGUGCAAUGCCCUUUAGGCAUCAGGAACAGGACAAUGUGCUUUUAGCCAUGAGCCACCUGAUGAAGUGUGUGGCCAUCGAGAUAAAGCUGGCCGCUACGCAUGGUCAAACGACGCGCUACAAUCUACUGUGCGAUAUGAUGCUCGGCGGGGGCGCAGAAACGCAGCGUAAUGCCCCUAGCCUGCCGCUCGAGUGCAACAGCAGUCUACUAACACCGCAGCACAGCCACUAUUUCUAUGGAACCGAUGUACUGCCCGGUUCGCUAACAAAACCUCCACUACAAGAUGCAGCGGUCGGCCUGCAUGUGAACCGAUUGCUUGACUGCCUCACGUUGGCCCCACAAACAGUGAGCGGGCCGCAACUAAACUUCUUUGAUCCACAGCUUUUGAGUCAACUAUUGCAUGAAUGUGAGACUUCGGGUCCGUAUAGUCUGUUUAAUGAACACAAGCUCCACGAGGUUCUGCAUAACGAGCUGCGCUUGGUUCAAAGUACCAUUGCAAGUGGUCAACGCAAGGCCAUCACCGGCGAAAUCAGUUUGCUGAUGCAGCACACAAUGAAGCUGAACAAGGCGCGUACUCAACGGUACGCCACGUGGGAAUUUAUGAAGGCAUGGUGCCAGUUGGUGCAGGUGCUUUUUAGUUGUAUGCCCGAGGCAGUGAUGCCCCUGACCGUGCGAAAACAACACAUCAUCGAUAUUAUCGAGAAGAUAUUGAUGAAGGUGCAGCCUAUGCAGCCCCUAAUUGAAAUAUCUAUUCAGGGAACGGAGGCGGUUCUUCUGCUGGUGGCCAAUCUUCGUUAUUGUUGCUACCAGCUAGAGGACCAAACUGCACUAGAGGAGGACAGCGAUGGUAAUGGGAUCGGCGAUGUUACACACGCUAGAGCAAACACAAGUUCCAGCAACUUACGCUUCAUCCUCAAGCAUAUAGUUGAGUGGAUCAUGGUGAGCGAAGUGAAGUCGCAGAAGCUGCGCAUUAAUCUCUAUAGCUCUCUGCUGAACUGCUUGCGUAUUGUAAAGCGAUUGCGCAGUGAUGAGCAACUGGAGUUUAACGAAACCUUUGUUGCUCGCUUGGACAGCUCUAAGGCAUAUAACAUGCGUCAAAAUGAAGAUGGAAUGCAAAAGGAGAUGGCUGCUGAAGUUAUUGGGACUUUUGGCGAAAAGCUCAUUGAUACUAUUUGCCACGAUGCGAUCAGCGGACAUCACGUUUGCCGCAUAAUGGCUCUGGCUUGCCUGGACAUGAUCUCCGAACUGCAUGCAGUCAGCACACUGAGCGACUUUAUGACGCUGCGUGGAUACCUCAAACACAUCCUAGAUAGUUUGGGCAGAUCAAACGAUGCUUUGUGCGCUAUCCUGCAGCCAGUUCCGUCCGAAAUGCGCGCCCUUUUCGUUUACGAAUCGAUCAUGGCUUUUCUCACAAGAUUGUCGCACACGAACAUUGGUGCAGGCCUGUUGUUGGGCGAGCGCGCUCUUGGCACUCUGUCAAACAUGUCUGUCUUCGACUUGCUGCCAGAUGUGAAGACUAGCGAACUGAAGCGCAAUGACCCUCAGUCGUUCGUACCGAGCGUCGACGAACGCUAUCGCUCCAUUCUAAUGCCUGCACUUGGUCUUUGCGAUGGAAUCGUUAACUCACUCGGUUCGCGUAAUAACUCGGCUGCAUUGCAGGUGGUGAACUUUCUUUUCGCACACAUCGACAUGAUUGAGUCAAUUCUGCGCACAGCUACGCCAUACAUGGACCUGGGUCACCUGCAGCAGCUUUCAGCUAUAACCAAUUUGCUUGCGCGGACCACCACACAUGACGUGGCCACUUUGGAGGACACACUGGAUGUAGAGCAUGACCUGGAGUUGCGUAGCCGGCUUACCCGUCUGCAGCAAUUGAUGAUUGUGGUUUUCGGACGCUUUACAGUCAGCGAGACGACCAUUCGCCACAUGCUGGAGCAACAUGAACUAGUUAACGAAGAGUUCACCGAGGAACAACAAAAUCUCCAUGUCAAAUACUUUCUUGAUAUAACCGCCAAUUUAUCACUCUACUGCCGAAACGCGGUGACGUGCCACGGGAAUGACAACAUGACGUCCAAAUAUCUGCUUACCACCAUGAUCAAUGAUAUCACCCCGCUGACAGGAAAAUCCGAUGGAAAGAAGUUGACGGCCAUCAUGAUAACCAUUCUAAAUCAGCUAAAGGGCGCAAUUGCUUACUAUCUGUCGCAGAACAACAUAGUCGAUAAUCUUAUGCAACAGCGGGCUUCGCUGCUCAACAUAACGAUUGGACCAUGUGACAAGCAGGAGAUUAUCGACAUUAGUCACAGGCACAACGAAAAGCGCGGCGAGCUUAUGCAGGCGGUUUUCAUAGCUGAGCAGAAUCUCUACCUGUUGUGGAUACAUUUGGAUUUUUAUCUUCGUAACACAGUUGUAUAUGCACAGGAGAAUCGCAGCGCCAUCAAUGAAAGCAACUUGGAUGCCAGUAAUAUUUCUGUGCUGAAUGCCUCCCAAGACGAGAUAAUGCAGGUUAAACAAAUGCUCAUUUCCACAUUUAACGAGACUUUCUGCACGCAACUAAUGGCGGCCAGUGAGAGUUAUACGACCAAGUGCAGGGAUUUUAGCUCGUCUCUACUCCGUCGAAUCAAGGCGCUAGUACAGUUUGCGCCCGUCAACUAGGAGCAUGGAAAACAAAUUUGUUUUAUAUAUUUUUUCCAGGAACCUAAGUUACCUCGGUAUUCUUCAAAAUAUUUAUAAUUUACAAGAUUGCUUAAACUAUUAAAUAUAUACAUAUAUAAAUGA